UGCGUUCUAGAAAGAAUCGACAGAGCCGGAGGUGUUUGUUGCGUACUGUCGAGAAGGCCUAUGGUUAGCAAACUGCAGCGCUGAUUAUUUUCGCAUCGCGAAGACCCGAGAAGAAACGAGACAACCAUGACUACGAGGGUGUUCAUAGGGCACCUCAGCUAUCAGGUGCGCGAGAAGGACGUGGAUCGCUUCUUCAAGGGUUACGGACGCGUCGGAGACAUACACCUCAAGAACGGCUUCGGAUUUGUGGAGUUUGAAGACCACAGAGAUGCCGAUGAUGCCAUCAAGGAUCUCAACGGCAAGGAGCUGCUUGGCGAAAGGGUUUCCGUGGAGCUGGCACACGGAAGUCGGCGUGGACCGGGGGGCAGGAUCCUUGCACCGGGUUCACGGGACUGGAGGUCGCCGCCAGGAGGAGGAGGGGGAGGAGGGGGCCGCUACCAGGGUGGCUCCAGGGACAGUAGGUUUGGGCCUCCGGUGAGGACCAACUACCAGCUGGUCGUCGAGAACCUGAGCAGCCACGUCAGCUGGCAGGACUUGAAAGACUACAUGCGCCAGGCGGGUGAGGUGACCUUCACUGAUGCGCACAGCAACCGGCCGAACGAAGGGCUUGUCGAGUUCUCCAACUAUGCGGACAUGCGGAACGCCCUUUCCAAGCUGGACAACACUGACCUGAGUGGUCGCCGGAUUAAGCUGUACGAAUCUAAGAAGAGCCGCGCAUCAAACCGGUCCCGCUCAAGGUCCCGCUCCCGGUCUCGUUCCAGGUCCCGCCGCUCGACCUCGGACUCGCGUUCACGCUCCCGCUCCAGGUCCCGCUCUCGCUCCCGGUCGGCGUCCAAGACCCCGCCGCGCAGGAAGAGCCGCUCGGACAGUCCGCGCAACAACCGCUCCCGCUCCCGGAGCGCCUCGCCGCCGCAGCGCCGCCACUCGGCCUCCAAGUCGCCCCCUUCCAAGCGGAACAGCCCCGACGACUGAGCCUGCCGCCGAGCCUUUUGCAUUUCCCUUCCCUUCCUGGCCGCAAGCAACGAAGCUAUGCUUCUCGCUUAACAGGCUCCCUUCUCUUGUCUUUUUUAUUCUUUUUUUCACGCUUUCCGUGCUCUCGUCGUUGUCUUCAUCGUGAAUUUCUCAUGCAUGCCGCCCCAUAUGAUGAAGCCCGUGGAAGCUUUCACCAUUUUGUCGUCUGCUACCAAUCUUUGUCAUCGGCUCUGAGAGAGCGAGAAAGGAAGUGUAGGACAAUGUUAUUGUGCACAAUGUGGAAACGCCAUCUUUUUUUUAGUACAUUGUUUUCUUCACAAAGUUGGAUCUUGCCAUCAGCGCCAGCAUCAAGGGGGCUUUGAUGCCUUGCGUGACCAUACACAGCUUCAUCUGUUUUGGGAUUUUUUUUCUUUACUGCAAAUUUAGAGAGAGAUCGUGGGGAGGUUUUACCUGUGCUCCGGAUGAAAACUGUAGCCGCCUGUAUGUUCUACCUUUCUUUCUGGGAUGCGGUAGCAGGUAUUGCGAACAAAGGGAGUAGGAUAUGCAGAUUCCCACUUUGUAGUCGUCCUCUGCCCGGUUAGUUCACGGUUGAGUUAUGUCACCGAAGGAAUCACACUUGAAGCAGCCGAACAGGUCCAGUAUUUUUCUCACUAAGUGUUUUUGUUAAUAAUGUAAUUGUGCCUUUUAUUUUAGUUGAUCACUAAAGGCCUUUUAGAGGUGAUGUGUUGAUUCAUCUUUUGUAAAGACUUCAUUGGGUGGAACCAUGAAAUGUGUUACUUUCUCUUUUGUAUUUUUUUUUUCCACGUGUGUAAUAAAAUGUGUCCCACCAAAUGUUUUUCUCUUUUCUUCGAUGCACUUUGUGUAGUGGGCGUGAUUGUUGCACUUCGAUGUUCUGAUUGAUUGAUUGAUUGAAAUAACUUUAAUGAGGUCCUGCGGGACGCGAUUGCAUUAUUCAAAACUUGGAACAUGAUACAGGUAUGUUGUCGCACGUUGCAAUCCUAGGCAUGAAAAUUUUCUAAACUCUCUUUUGAAAGCCCAUUCGAGAAAACUUUAUUGAUUGUGGCCUUGUAAUGCAACUUAGCUUUUGUUUUACAGCGAAUUUGCCUUUAGCUCUGCCUACGUCGACUGUAUUGGAGAAUGCUUGCUUGCCAUAAUUUUUAAGUUCCACACUCGUGUUCAUUCACUAGUCUUCGCAUAGGCACUUGUACAGUUACUCGUGUUCAGUUCAUGCUCUCGUCUAUUCUGGAUUCUCGGGCACUCUUAUGCUCGUACACCUUCACGUCUACUUGCACCAAAUUCUCUCGCACACACUCUAUAGAAGCUCUCAUUCAUACUCUUGACACACUUGUUACUCUUUCAAUUACUCGCACUUAGUUCAUACUCUAGUCUACUUGAAAUUCUCGGGUACUCGCGUCUGCCAGCACCAAGUACUCCAUCACACUCAGAUGCUUAGUAGGUACUCGCGUUCAUAGACUUGUCCCACUUGUAGUUACUCUUCCUGUUACGUUCAGUUCAUACUCUGAUCUCGGAAUUCUUGGGUACUCGCUCAUGCCCAUACGCCGUCACAGCUGCUCGCACCACUCCCUCACGCACGGACACUUAGAGGCUCGCAUUCAUACUCUAGCUGUGUCACUUGUUACCCUUUCAUACGCAUCUGUUCGCUCGCAUACGCCUAUUCACACAGGUACUCGUUUAUGCUCGUUCGUCUACUCGCUCAAACUGCGUCGUCCCUACUCGCCGGGGAGCUCGUUAAUCAUACUGAAGUUCGCUGGCGUUCACAGGUUCUCGUGUUUAGUACUAGUGUCUACUCGCUCCCUACGACCUGCAAUCGGACUCGUACGUCCACGCGCCCUUGUCGGUUAUCCCUUCACUCGUACGUCCACACCCUCGCCGGUUCUCCCUGCACUCGUACGUCUACUCGCCUUCACCGGUUCUCCCUUCACUCGCCCUCACCAGUUCUCACUUCACUCGCGCUCGUACGCCCACUUACCCUCACUGGUUAUCACCCUCUCUCCCUUCAUUCGCACACGUAUGUCUACUCGCCCUCACUGGUUCUCCCUUCACUCGCAUACCUGCCAAGUCUCCCGGAUUACCCGGGAGACUCCCUGAUUUUGAACGUUUCUCCCGGUUGUACGGGUCAUAGGAAAAUCUCCCGGAAAUCUAGUUUUGCCCCGCGCGUCCAGUGCUUUGUCUGGCCACGUGGGCAAAGUUGUCUGGCCACGAAGUAGAAAGGAUUCUUUUUUUUUUUUAACGAUGGUAGAAAGGUUCAACUUAGUUUAAUUGCGCAUGAAGUAGCAAGCGACGACAGGCCUCGCACGCGGAGCGAUGUUAUCGCAUGUGCCCUUCGCGCGACGGUGACGGCCGGGUCGUUUCAUCUCUGCUUCAACCGCGUUGGUCCCUAGCGCGCUUGUACUCGCACGUGAAACAGACGAUGUGUAAGCGAUGUUAUCGGUUGUUAUCGGUUUGGACUCUGUACAGAUCAGCGGCGACCGCAACAUCCCGCUGACAGUGUCCAUAUAAUUGCUAUCGCAGUGCCCCCCCCCCCCCUCCCCCCGUUGAGUGGAUCUCCCGGAUUCCGUUUCUCCAAACUUGGCAGGUAUGCACUCGUACGUGCACUCGCCCUCACCGGUUCUCCCUGCACUCGUAUGUCUACUCGCCCUCACCGGUUCUCCCUGCGCUGGUAUGUCUACUUCUUCAGUGGUUAUUCAGGAAAGGAAAAAGGCACCUAAUUUCUGUCUGCCUAUAGGCGAUACGGCGCAGUGCCUUGUAGGGGUGGGGGUAAGGAGGGAAUAAAAGAAUAGUAGGAAAAUAGAGAGAAAAGUGAGAGGAGCACAUCCAUCCAACGAAGAGAAAAGAGGACAGGAAAGAUUGGGAAACGGGAGUUCAGGGACGGGUCCGCGAAACACAGCUAGAGGCACAGUGCACAACAUCGACGAAACGGAGAAGGUCCCGACGAUGAGCGGCGCACGGCAUAGCGGGCGAGGAGUCCGUCACGGGGCGCCGGUCAGCGAGAGGUACGAGGAGUAAUCCAGGACAUCGCGGCCGGCACGUCCGUCUUGCUUGAAAUCCAGCGAGCGAAUCCCGAGCGAAUCACCCUCGGUAUGUCUACUCGCCCUCAUCGAUUCUCCCUUCACUCGCACUUGUACGUCCACUCGCCCUCGCCGGUUCUCCCUUCACUCGCACUACUCGCCCUCAUCGAUUCUCCCUUCACUCGCACUUGUACGUCCACUCCCCCUCGCCGGUUCUCCCUUCACUCGCACUCGUAUGUCUACUCGCCCUCACCGGUUCUCCCUUCACUCCCACUCGUACGUCCACUCGCCCUCACCGGUUCUCCCUUCACUCGCACUCGUAUGUCUACUCGCCCUCACCGGUUCUCCCUUCACUCGCACUUGUACGUCCACUCGCCCUCGCCGGUUCUCCCUUCACUCGCACUCGUAUGUCUACUCGCCCACGCCGGGUUCUCCCUUCACUCGCAUUCGUACGUCCACUCGCCCUCACCGGUUCUCCCUUCACUCGCAUUCGUACGUCCACUCGCCCUCACCGGUUCUCCCUUCACCUGCACGUUCACUCACUCUCACGGGUUCUUCCUUCACUUGCCCUCACCAGUUCUCACUCCACUCGCACUCUUAUGUCCACUCACCGUAACAGGUUCUCACUCGCCCUCACCGGUUCUCGCAAUCGUACGUCCACUCGCCCUCACCGGUUCUCCCUUCACCCGCACGUUCACUCACUCUCACGGGUUCUUCCUUCACUUGCCCUCACCAGUUCUCACUCCACUCGCACUCUUAUGUCCACUCACCGUAACAGGUUCUCACUCGCCCUCACCGGUUCUCGCAAUCGUACGUCCAUUCACCCUCACCGGUUCUCUCCGCUAUCACUCGCAUUCGUACGUCCACUCUCACUAGUUCUCAUUCACGUUUGUACUCGUGUUUGCUCAGCUGCUCUACAACGUUCGUACACAUUCACUCAAGAUUGCCUGUUCUCAUGUCCCAUUUGACCACAAAAGUCCGUUGGACAUCCUCGCUCCAAACCUGUAAUGGGUCGUCUUAAGGGCAACGCACGGGUGUAAACAUGGUAAAUAGAAAUUUCUUGAAAGCUAUACGAAAAUGUCGUAUACGUUUCAUUAGAGAUUUUUAGCAAGUUACGGAAAUACGGAACGCAAAUACGGUACGGGACUACGGUAGAGCCCCUCCUCUCUCGCUCGUUGUGCUUUUGCCGCUCCUAAUUCCAGUGAAGGUACUCCAACACCACAAAGGCCUCUUCAGAAAUUACUGUGGGGUGUCACGCCUGUGGGAAUUCAGGCGUCCGCGCCAGUGGCUCGACGCCAUCUUCCCUUGGAGAGUUCUCGUGUCCCUCUCCUCUCGACCGGACGGGUGGCAGCUGGUCAUAAAUCGCCGUCACUUUGCUGCCACCCCGCCCUCGAAGGUUAAACACGGUGGCCGAUUGGCCCAAUUUUUGGCGGGAUUUGGACCUGGCUCGCGCUCGCCUGGAAGCGGCGGGCGCGCGACCAGGUUCGAGAGAGACCACUUGGGGACCUCGAAGGGUGCGUACGCGUUUUGGCCGCUCCGGCCGGCGGCGAUCCUUUGUUCUUUGUUCUUCGCCGCCGGCCGGCGGUUACGUCGUUUUGUCGGGGCUCCGGCCUCAGCGGGCGCGCGCCACCCUCCGCGGUCUCGAAGUCCCGAGGCAGCGCCUCGCGAUCGUGCACCGUAUGUUCCUUUUAAGUGUUGCUAUGUCUGUUCUGUUUCCUUCUGCUCUGGGGUGCGAGAUCGCGGGAGCGCUGGCCGAGGGGUAGGUCGGCUCUCCAAACCUGGUUCUUUCUUUGUUUGUUCGUUUUGUGGGUGUGCCAUUCGCGGCCACAUUUGGUAACAAUUGUAUUAGCUAAUUGGUGUCCUGUGUAACUAUCUUACAUGCGAUUGGUUGUAAUGAAUUAUCGUUCUCUUGUAUUAAAAUCCCCCGUAAUAAAUCACUGAUUUGGA